AGCAAACUCUUCUUGCUAUUCUAACCAGCCUUUUCUCCACUUCUCAACCGGGAAAUCGCAAGAGCCGAACUUGCAUCGGCUGAUUGGCAGUUUACUCAAUGGCGUCAAGAAGUCAGCCCCCGGACGACGACACACAGGCCACUAUGAUUGGUCCUACCACCACAUUCUACGAUCCCGACGAGCUCGUCCAGCAACCCCAGGACGCCCAUGCCCAGCGAUACCAGCAGUGGAUGCAAUCAUACGAUUACGGACAACAGCAUCAGCAUCAGCACCACCACCCACAACAGCAGCAGCCGGUACAACAACACCCGGUCCAUCCAGCAAAUUACUACUCGGCAGAGCCGUAUCAGCAAAACGACUACAAUAACUAUUAUCAAGGGACUAGCUACCAGCACCAGCACCCACCCCAGCAGCAUCGGCCGGCGCCGUCAUAUCUUACUCCACCAGCAAAGCAAUCACAGAAGCAGACGCAGAACAAGAGGAAGCGCGCGCCAGUGAGGGACAGCGAGUCGGAUGGCAGCGACGACGACGUCGGUAUCAGUGUAGGGGGGGUGAGCAUUGCGAGGGCGUCCAGAUUGCCCGGGGCAUGCACCCACUGCAAGAAACUCAAGAUGAAGUGCGACUUCCCGCCCGGCGAAAAUACGUGUAAACGGUGCAAGACCGGUGGUCAUGUCUGCAUCGUCGAGGGGCGGAAACCAAGGACGGCACCCAACAAACGAGAAUAUCUUCUAGCCCAGAUUCGGCAGAAAGACGCCAUCAUUGAGAGUCUCCUCAAGCAGCUGCACAAUCCAUACCUUGCGACACCUCUUUCUAUUGCCUCAUAUCGUAUGGCGACUUCACCCUCCGACGCCAGCAACCGCAACGUUCUCGCCUGGCUAGACCGGCUUCAGUCCAGCGUACAGACUGCUGCUGGCGGUACGAGCUCCUUCAAUGAUGUCCGCGGAGGUGACGAAGAAUCGGACGACGAGGAAGGAGGGAGUCGAGUAACGCAUGCCCAGCGAUAUGGUUUGGUUCCCCAUGACGAGGAGGAGGAGGAGCAGGAAGAGACGCAGACGGCACUUCCCGACUCGCAUGUUCCUCUCGGGCUCAUUGCGAAUUUAAGUUUGACAUCGCAUCAGGGGACUAAGAAGGGCAAGGGAAAGAAGAGUGACGACGUGGACGAUGACAAUGUUGGUGUUGCAAAUGAGACGUAUUUCAUGCCUGGUCCUGCAACUAAUCUGGACAUUCGGGCCACGCUGAUAGAGGAACACAGUCCUCCAGAGAUACUCGUUCACGGCCUUGUGGCGCCGGAAGAUGUCGAGCGUUUGUUUGAAAUUUUCUACAAACAUGUCAAUCCGUUCAUAUCCCUCCUUGACCCCGUUCUACACACUCCACAAUCGACGUUCGCGAGAUGCCCUUUCCUCUUCACCGUUAUAUGUGCAAUUUCCUCCCGGUACCACCCUCCAAAGUCGAGUAUUUAUCCGAUAGCGAUGCAUUUUGCCAAACAUUCUGCUGCAAAUGCCCUUAUUGAUGGAUGGAAGAGCGUUGAGCUCUGUCAGGCGUAUAUAUUGAUGAGUAUCUAUGCCGUGCCUGCCAGACGAUGGGAGGAAGAUCGGAGUUGGUUGUAUACGGGUCUGGCCAUCCGUAUCGCUACUGACCUCAACUUGCAUCAAUUGCCAACCACAAAACCCACGAAUGAAAAGCAGGAACGCGAGAUCCUUAACCGCAUCCGUGUGUGGCAAAUCUGCUUCAACCUCGACCGCUCGACAGCCACUCAGUUUGGAAAACCUUCAACCAUCAAGGAGGAUUCGAUAAUUCGUCAUUCGGCGGACUGGUACAAAAAGUCCCCUUACAACCUCACCUACGAUGUCCAUAUGUGCGGAUAUACUGCGCUCUUGCGCAUCGUUGCGAGGUUCCAUGAUGAAGUUUUCGCCGAGGGCAGCGGUCUGAGUAGUCUGAAGAGGGUCGAUUUCCGGGACGUAACGAUAAGGUAUGACCGGGAGUUGGAGGCGUUUAAGGAGGAAUGGGAGGGGCGCGUCAGAGUCGUUGGUGGUGACCGUGGGGCUAUGUUUCGAUGCAGCCUAUUGCCAUUUUUAGUUGGCUAUUCCCGACUGGUGAUGUUCUCGUUUGGAUUCCAGCAGGCAUUCCAUAGAGGCAUACAAGCGGGGGAUGAUCUCUUCUUCAACAAGUGUCUUGAAUCCGCCAAGACGGUGAUCAGAUGCAUGAAUGAGGACCUGGCCCCAAGUGGGUUCAUGCGCUACGCGCCAGAUGGUCACUUUAUCUUCGCGGCCUUCGCAUCUGCAUUCCUGCUCAAGCUCCUUCGACCCGAAUUUUCUGCUCUCCUCAGCAAAACUGAUGAAGACGAAAUCUUUGAUCUCAUCGGAACUCUGAUUCAGAAGCUCAGCUCAUCCAGCAUUGCAAUCGACGACCGACAUACGCCAAAGUUGUAUGCUAGGUUCUUGGCCACAUUGUUGGGCAAAUAUCGGCGUGAUGGCCAGGGAGCGACUGUCGGGCGUUUACAGACCAUUCCUCCACCGAGUAACAUGGGCGGACCAGGUAACGGAACCAGCGGUAUGGGCGGAGGCGGAGGUGAAUACCAGCAGUUCUCGGUAGCGCAAGACCAAGGCGGUUACCAUGUUGCGAGUUAUCAGCCCACUCAGCAGCAACAACCACAGACCCCAAUUUACAGGCCAGAGGCGACAUAUGCGGCUGGCGCUGGGCCGAUUCAGUUUGGAAACGAUCUUGAAUAUUAUAGUUUCGAAUAUGGGAGCGGAAAUGUCAACGGGAGCGGGACUAUCGGGAGUCCAGGAGCCGGAGAGGUUGACAUGCUCGCGUCGAUUCAAGCCCUCAAGAAUCCUGAGUGGUGGCAGGGAAUGUUGAUGCCUGGGUUUACGUGGCCACAGGCAAAUUCUCCUGGAAGUGGAGGAUCUGCGAGUUCCACCCCACCAGCAACGUACAGUCAUACUCAUCACCAAUACCCGUACGGUUACCAACCACAGCAGGUGAUGGUCCCCAUGCACUAACGGUAAAUAUUCUGGGAAUAAAAACAGUUUGCUUGCGUAGAUUUAUCUGGUGACAUUCAAAUGUAUUAUGAGUCUUUGUUUUCUUGCUUCGUUGUAUGAUAUGAUACGCUCUGGAUCCGUAUAUCGUCAUUGUAAUCUGAUCUGUAAUGAAAAUGUCUUGCGUUACAGAAUUUGAAGCUUGCGG